AUCCAACAACAUGAAGUAGUAUUGGUCGGUGCUAACGCGGGAAGGUCCGGAAAUGGUAGAUCAAAAUCAAAUAUUCACAUGUUAAAGCCGCUACAAGUCAUACAUUUCUUCGGCCGUAUGUGGGGGGCCCUCAUUCUAUUCAGCCAGCUUUUCAUCCGCUGGCAUCUAAUACCCUCCCUACCUAACCCACUAGACACACAAAUUAUGUCAAGGAAUGGGGACAAGAAGCCGGUAGGCUUUGCUACACACAUCACGGCUGGAGGGAUCGCUGGCGCGAUGGAAGCGCUCUGCUGCCAACCGCUGGACACCAUAAAGGUGCGGAUGCAGCUCUCCAAAUCCGGGAUGGCCCCUGGGACAAAGCCACGAGGAUUUUUGGCGACGGGUCUUAUGAUUGUCAGACGCGAGACACCACUAGCACUUUACAAGGGCCUUGGCGCUGUCCUCUCUGGAAUAGUCCCAAAAAUGGCCAUUCGAUUUGCCAGCUUUGAGACUUACAAGGAGUGGCUAGCGGAUAAAUCGACAGGAAACACCAGGGUGGGGAAUAUCUUCAUCGCUGGGCUCGCCGCUGGUACGACCGAGGCGGUCGCGGUCGUCUGUCCAAUGGAAGUGGUAAAGAUCCGUCUGCAGGCGCAACAACACUCGCUUGCUGAUCCGCUGGAGGCACCGAGAUAUCGUAAUGCUGGCCAUGCAGUCUACACUAUUGUACGCGAAGAGGGUUUCUCGGCCCUUUAUAGAGGAGUCUCGCUCACUGCUUUGCGACAAGCCACAAAUCAAGGCGCGAACUUCACUGCAUAUCAGGAACUUAAGAAAUUGGCACAUAAAUACCAGCCUGAUUUGAAGGACUUACCUUCAUACCAACACAUGGUCAUUGGACUUAUAUCAGGUGCCAUGGGGCCCUUCUCGAACGCCCCGAUAGACACAAUCAAAACUCGAUUGCAAAAGGCCACGUAUGAACCAGGAACCUCGGCGUUCCAGCGGAUUUCAGCGAUCGGAAAGGAGAUGUGGAAACAGGAAGGUGUGCGGUCGUUCUACAAAGGUAUUACGCCGCGGGUUUUGCGAGUGGCUCCUGGACAGGCGAUCGUGUUCGCUGUGUACGAGAAAGUGAGAGGGAUCAUUGAGACGAUGAAGGUUUCACCGUCGCAAGAUCGGUAUUCAGAGUGAUGGAAGAAGAGUUGAUAUAUCCGGGAGAGAAUUUACUUGCAGAUACCGAAAGUCUCAAGGAUGUGUACAUGGUUUCUGGUUAAAUGAAGGGUGUGUGAG